GUAGUCACACACACACAGUGCUGUAUAUAGUACUGUCGAGUUUGUGGAUUCGGUCGGCGGUAAAAAAUGUUCAAACAGGUAUGUUAUCAGAUCGUUAUUUAUAAAUGGAUUGCUAUUGUGAGUAAAUCGGCUUUGUUUCGGGAUAAUACAUCUAUAAUCUGGCAUCUUUUGGCCAUGUCUCGAUAGCAGGUAAACGCCGCACGUGUUUAUUAUAUAUGCAAUAGACCUUAUUCGGGUAAGUAAUAGCGUGAGUUAAUAGAAGAAAAAUCGAAAUUUGACGCUAUAAAAUUGACUAAUGAAAAUGAGAAGGUGAGCGAAAAGAGAGAUGGUAGAGACAGCGAGAUAUACAUAGACACGGUUAGCAAGAGAUGGAGACAGAGACACACUGAGAGUGAGAGGCUAGCGAACAGCGAAUAAGAGAAGCUGAGAGAGCAGAGUUAAAAUGAAGGAGGGACACCACGUAUUUCUCUCAAUUCGCAGUCUGCAACAAAAAACGACUAUAAACGAACGUGAUAUAAAUCUUCUAUUAAUGCUUCUCGCCUAAUUAAUCAACAGCCUAUACUCUGUUGAAAGUAGAAUAGGGCGUUGGAAAGAAUGGAAAAGACAGCUUCGGGGUUUUGCGCUUUGCACUCGUCUGGUGUAUUUUGCUUAUUGGAUAUAUGGAAAAAUGACUAGGGAAUCAAAUUGAAUUUACGAUAGACCAAUAAAUACUGCAUCUGAAGUCAAAAGUUGAACUGACCGAUCCAGGAUACAAUUUUCACAAUUUACCAUUGCUUAUCAUUAUUUAGAUUAGAAAGAGAAUGCGAUAAAUGGUAUAUCCUAUAUAAUUUAGUUUAUUUUUUUUUGAACCAGCGCCAUCUGCAGCAGAUAAUUAGGUAGUUAAUUGAAAAAUUUCCACUUUCUCUAUACUGGCACCGGUAAUCAAUUAUGGGCAAUUGAUGUCAAAAUUUUAUUGAUUUACGUAAAAUUUCGUGUCUAUAAAAUAAUACAAGUUUACUCAACAAAUUAUUUGCUGUCUAUUAAUCGAAAAAGGCCACACAUCAUUUAAUAUAGCGUUUGAUUGCUUGUUGUUACUAUCUUCUUAAUAAUGACCGACCUUGUCCGUCUCUAGAAAGUUAAUCAGAAGAAAAAAAAAUAAGAGUUUAUACGGCUUUCAUACAAUCGAAAGAAAGCUGCUUUUGAAAGACUUUAUCCUAAUCUGCGCGGCGUUUUUUUUUCCUUAAAUACAUUCGAGGAACGUUUUACGGAAGCGUUGAAAAGUAGUGAUUUUAUACGGGAAAAUUCAAAUAAGAUUUUUAAUAUUCUAUACUACAUCUCUUAUAUAUUUAUACAGUAACGCUCAAAUGGGUAGUUGUCUAUCAAAACAAGGCCGACGAAAGGAGAGCGUUGGCGAGAAUUACAGGCCAUUUGACACCGCACUAGAUGGAUCAAAUAAGACUGAAACCAUCGAAGCGAAAACCUGCAUAACUGAGGAUAAAAACAGUGCGGGCUUAGAGAAAUUGGCUCUGGAUAUUGUGCAAUCGGCUACGAAGGAGGCUCUGAAGAUCGCGGCUUGUAAAAAAUCGAACGAUGUAAGAACGAAUGGCUGUAGUGAAUUCGAUCAGAAAGACGUCAACAAGUCUCUUUGUCAAGAUGACGUCAUUUUGGUGUGCGAAGAGGAAGGCGAGAUAAAACGUUCUAAUGAAGAAUCGGAAGAGGAUAAGUUGCAAAACGUCGCCGCAGAGAUUGUGCAAAAUAGCGUGCAAUCGGCUUGUAAGGUAAAGAAAAAAAAACAGAAAAAAAAAAAUUACAAGUUCUGCAGUCACCGACAUAAAUAAGGAACAAUUACCCUAGUUUUCGGUCAUAAUAUUCCGUUCCGAUUAUCUGGCACAAGAAUAUCAUACAGGAAUCUAAUAUAUUACCACCCAUAGUCAAUAACUGAUUUAAGCUUACGUUCUGUAUUCUUUUGUAAUUUUUUUUCAUUAGUCAUUCUUUUUUUAUCAUUUCAUUAAUCAAUAUUUUUAUACCCUCUUGGCGACAAUUUUGUAAUUUCUUCUCUCUUUUUUAGGGCCAAAAUCCUUUUGCCAAUAUAUUUUUUUAUGUAGCACAUUCGUAUGUGGAUAAAAAAGAAUCUUGGCUAAAUUUAAUAUUCGACAUUCUAAAGCGCCCCCUGUCCUCUUCAUAAGACUCUGACAGACAAAAAUUUGUUUUAUUGCAAAUGAACUUGAUCUAGAAUCAUCAUCCAUGAGGAAGUUAUGCCAAAUUGUUUUCGAGGAAAAAAGCAGAGAAAUACGUUUAAAUGACGAAGAUUCAGCCAAGAAACACGAAAUACAAACGCGAUUGCGAAGCCUUGCAACUUUUUGCGAACCUCUUCAAUGCCGAGCCGUCCUAACACCCAAUACUCGUGUAACAACAUUGAAAAAUAUCGACAAAUGGCUAACGUUCGGCCCCGAGCAAGUAUUCGUCUUACACGGAGAAAGGGGAACAGGAAAAACUAGUGUAUUAUCGGAAAUGUGUAGACGGAAGAAUGCCAAAGCAACUCAUUUCUUUCAUUGGUGUGCUCCAAAUUUGGAUCACAACGAAGUAUGUUACGUUCUGCGUUCUUUUGCCCAUCAACUCUGUGAUGCGGUGCCAGACUUUGUUAGUCGUUUACCGGAAUUUGAUGAUGUUGAACAAAUACUUGCCUGUGCCGAUGUGAACGAACUUUUACAAAAGCUAUUAAUAGAACCCCUAAACGAAUCGGUCACUACUCCUCUACUGCUUUUAAUCGACGCCAUCGAUCAAUGUAGUGACGCCUGUACAAUGUCACAGUUAGUUGGUCAACUUGCCGCUAAUUCAUCACGAUUCAUUAAAGUACUCGUGUCUUGUAAAGGUCAGCAUACUGCUAGUCUCAUCGAGCAGUGUGGAGCAACAGUAAAGAGCGAGGAAUUACCCUCGUCUGGAAAGGAAGUACUAGCGGAUAUGAAGAAAAUUUUCUGCGACCAAUUGUCACCAUUUAUGGAUAAAAUCAGCCUGGACGGCGGUCUAACAACAUUAGCUAAUAAGGCUAAUGGAAAUAUGCUCUAUGCUAGAAUUGUCAACUGUGCCCUAAGGAGGCUAGAUCCAGAGUGUACAAAACUAGAAGUAAGAGACGUUCAAACUAUGUUUCCCGAUGGUUUACAGGCUCUCCUAGCCAAUACCUUUAAUGGAAUACGUUGCGGAGUCUCAGUAAAAGAAUAUGAGCAAAUGAUUGCCCCUUUGGCUUUAGCCCUAGAACCCAUCUCAUCCGCCUAUAUACAACAUGUUCAAACGGCUUUCGAUGAUCCCCUGGAAGCAUUACUCGAUGUAAUAAUUGAAGAAAAGGGUGAAAAUGAAGGGAAAAUUAGUUUAUGUGGUUUAGCAGUUGCCGAAUGGUUAUUAGACGUUGAGGGGGAAUGCGCUGUGCAUGUAGAUAAUGCUCAGAGCCAUGUGGCUGAACUCUGUGCCAAGUGGGCGUCUUCCAGGCAACAUCUUCCAUUGCAUGAAUAUGCUUUAAGAAGAGGAAUUAGGCAUAUGGUAGCUGCGAAACAUUGUAAACACGUUGCCACUCUUUUGACAAGUAUGGAAUAUCUUCAACGUAAAAUGGCUCUAAAGUCUGUUAGAUUAACUCAUCUUCUACACGAUUAUUUACUAGCAGAAAGCCUUAUCGAAACGGAUAUUACGCAAAAGGUCGCCCCUUGGGCGACGUUCGUUAGAGAGACGUCAGCAUUACUCCGCUUGAGCGGCAAAUGUGUUGUCCAAGUAGCUGCCAAUAUGGCAGCUAACGCCUCAGUAAAACAAGCUGCAAGGACUUAUUUGAAGCAUAAACCGUGGUUAGAACAUAUUGCUGGUAUAUCUCAAACCCAUUGCUACACGAUUUUAGCUGAGGAAAGGAUAGUAGCUGUAGAUUCAUCCCCCGACGGUCUGUCGAUAAUUGUCCUUACUCAGGACGAAACAUCGCAGGCUGUUAGUGCAUCGUUAGUUGAUUGUGCAACAGCCCAUUUUAAAGGGCCACCCCUCAACCUAAAAUCUAUUCGACAACGUUCGACAAAUAGUGCUCAUUGGCUACCAGACAAUUCUGCCAUUUUUGUUGGCUCUUUUGUUCAACUGCUGGCGCCUGCUGUCGGGGGCCGCUUAAAACCAGUUACUGGUUUUGACCCCGGUUGCUUAAAAUUAUCCGACGAUUAUUCUAUAGACUGUUCGUCCUGUUCUACCGGAAAUUUAAUUUGCGGUUUUACAGAUGGACAAAAAAAGCUUGUCGCUGUAUUCGACGUCAUAGCGAGGCGUUGUGUGCAUGCGGAACAGAUUGAUUGCGAAAAGUUGAUAGCUGUUUGUUCAGACACCCAAACUGUUGCGGUUCUGAUUGAAAAAAGUGGAAAGAACAAGUUAACAGUAUGGAACAAGAGUGAAUGGGAACUAAUAAGUCAAGUAGACGUAGACUGUAAGCGAAUUAGUAAAAUAACAUUCUUCCAAGACUCUAUAUUAAUGGGAUCAUCGUUGUUGUCGGAAACAAGAUUGAAAACACUGCGCUACUCGCUGGAAGACAAAACUGUUAAAGCAUGGACGGAGGAAGAACAGUCGUCACUCUUUCAUUCGACGGCAGAUGGCACUUGUGUAUAUGCUAUCUGGAAAAGAAAAAAAGCAAGCUCAUUGUGCACUAUGCGAAUAUGGCAAAAGAAAGUGGAGAGUGUUUACCGCUUAAAACAUUGUACAGCUAGUCAAAUAGACGCUGUGUUAUCUAUUAGGGAAGGGGCCGCUUUCAUAUCUCCUCAGGCUAUACGAAUCUAUCAUAUUGAUGAUUUAGAAAAAGAGGUAUCUAUACAAGAUUCACAAGUUCAUCUUGGUGAUUUAGAUGUACUAAGCGUAACUGUAUUGCCAUCAUCAAACCAAAUCUUACUAACGUCUAAUUUGUUCGGACACGAUGACGUUUUAAUUUCGCUCUGGGAUGUUCAGAGUUCCAAUCUAAUAGCCUCCGUCACUCUCCAAGUCUCUAGGGUUCGGCUCUCGAAUGAUCAUCCUCCUAUGCUCAGGGGACUUGGUCAUUCAAAUAAUACGUGUCACACUUCACCAAAAGCAGAUAAAUUCUGUUUGGCAUCCAAUGAUGAGCUAAUUGUGUGGAAGGUGGAUGAUAAGCCAAAACGUAUACCUAGGCAUGACUUGUCUCUAAUUUGCUCGAGUGCAAGCGAGUCUCUUAUAGCUAUGGCCUCGGAAAGUGAAGAACAAAUUCUAGUCAUAAGUUUAGAAGAUGAUGAUAGUGAAUGUAGCAUAUCUUAUUCAGAAGACGGCCAACUUGAUGAUCUCAUAUUCCUCAACGUACCCGGUUGCCCUCUUUUAUCGUCUCAUUCAAAUGGAAAUGUUUUAUGUAUAAGACACUGGCAAGACGAAAAGGAUAAAAAAUACAACAUCUUUAGGAAUGUUUGUUUUGUCAGCGUCUCCCCUUGUUCAGAUCGCUUGGUCAUUGGUACCAAAGAAGACGAUUUAUAUAUGCAAUCGUCCGACUGUCAAUUCGAUAAACGCUUACAGACUAAUUCUGAGUGGAUAAGUCACCGAGGACACGUCGAAUUUUCUCCCGAUGCCACAACGCUUAUCGCUACUUCUUCCAGCUUUUGCCGAUUAUGGAACGCCGACAAUGGUGAUGUUCUGCACGACAUCGACUGUAAUUUUCCCUACUUGAUCGGCUUCGUCAAUAAUACUCACGUUUUGUUUUACGACGGUAUAAUGAUGGUGAUUAUGGACGUGGCAAGCAGGGAGGAAAAAGUUCAUACGCCUCUUACCGAAUGCCUGCAGUACGUGCCUUCCCUAAAUCCGCUAAUCGCUACAAGAGGUGGCGCUAUUACUGGGGUUUGUGAGAUUUCAAAGCGGCUAGUCGUUCUAAGGACUCAUAAUCUCCCCUCGGCAGCGAGACAGACAACGCUACAACGUAUGAAGAGUAUAACGAAAAAAGAAAGGAAAUGAUAUUACAAAAAAGUAACGAUUCUGAAAAAUAUGACUAAGAUGAUCAUGAUAAUAAUAAUAUGAAUAUGAAUAAUAAUGAGAAUCAUAUCAAUGAAUUAUAUAUAGACAUAUUUCUAGUAUGUAUGUAUACAUAAAUAUAUGUAUAUCUAUAUAUACCAAA